AUGGCACCCAUCAAGAACAUCAUCUUUGCCCUCUUCGUUGCAGCCGAUCUGACAGCUGCCCACAGUGUAAUCACCAAUGCAGUUGGAGAUGCCGGCGGCUCUGGCAUGGCUCUGGGUGUUGACACCUCCACUCCUCGCGAUGGCACCAGGCGCCGUCCAUUCCAAACCGAUGCCACUCGCUUCCGUGGUAGUGCCGCUGACACUGUUGGCGAGACGCUCGCUGGUGGUGACAACCAGAUCGAGCAGGGCACCCUCGACAUCAUGGAAGAGACCGGCAGCCAGCUUCCUCAAGUCAACCCUGGCGGCAGCCUUGAGAUGACUGUCCACCAGGUCAAUUCUGAUGGCGCUGGACCUUAUACUUGUAUGAUCAACGCUGAUGGAACUGGCACUUCAUGGGACAACAUCCAAGUCACUACCAACGUUGAAGGCAACGAGCGCGGCCGUAACCGUGAUGGUGAGAUGGGUGACUUUCCUCUUGUGGCCUCAAUCCCUGCUGGACAGAGCUGCACAGGCUCGGUUGCGGGCGAGGAGAAUGUUUGCCUUGUUCGUUGCCAGAACCCGGCGCGGGCUGGUCCUUUCGGUGGUGUCAUUCCAGUUCAAAUGGCCCAAGCUACCGGCAACAACAACAACAACGCUGGUACCGGUAAAGCUGAUAACACCGCUGGUACCAAUAACGCCGGCGAUGCUGGAAAUGCAGGCAAUACGGGCAACGGUGCCAGCAACGGCAACGCUGAUGAGGAUGAGGAAGAUACCCAGGAUCAGAACGGCACCAACACCAACAACCGUAACAAGCGCCGCGCUACUCAGUUCUCUGCAUAA